AAACACUUCUAUCGUCAAUGCCUCCGCCUGGAAAGUGAAUGGACUUGUGAAUUCACUUCCUUGUUACUUCCCCAAAUGCCUUUUUAGACAGACUUAUGACGAGCAGUGUCUGGGCAAACACGCAGAUGAAAUCAGAAGCACGUGCAAUGAGAGAGUGAUAUCAGAUAUCCACUGAUCUGACAGUUAAAAUGAGAAAACAUUCAACACUUCACAUCUGAAACAAAUCCUGGUGGAUUGGCAAAAAAUGGAUGCAGGAGGAUGUUAUGGCCAAGGGGACAUCAUAAUCAAACAGGAACCUGAAAAUGAUGAAGACUAUGGCGCCAUGUCCCAGGACUACCCAGAAGCUCCUGAAGGAGAUUCUCAUAGCCAUGACUGCCUGGUUAUGUCAAAGGCUUACUCUCAAGAAGGUCCUGAGGGGGAUUCUGAUAACCAUGACAACAGGGCCGUGUUUCCAGGUUACUCUCAAGAAGGUCCUGAAGGGGAUUCGGAUAACCAUGACGACAGGGCCAUGUCUCCAGGUUACUCUCAAGAAGGUUCUGAAGGAGAUUCUGAAGAACAUGACUACAAGGUCAUGUCACGUAGAUACGCUCGAGAAGAUUCAGUAGAGGAUGAUAAUGAGCUCCUAUCCAGGUGCUACAUCCAAACUGGGACCAACAGAACCCAAAACGAAUCCUAUCAUUUUGAGAAUGAGGGUAUUGGUAGAUACAGUAUUGUGAAGACAGAAUACAGUCCAAGUGACUCAGAGGAUGCUUCGACAGACACUGAAUCACCCCCACGUAUUACCACAGGAGAGGCUGAGCCUGAGACUGUCAGACAUCCACUAGUCAAAGAAGAGAGUGUGGAUGACAGUUACGAUAUCGCAUACAACCACAGCCAUGUCCAUAUCAAGGGGGAAGUGUUUUCCUCGGAGGAGUCGCAACAGGAUGCAAACGAAGAAGAGAUUGAGGAAGAUGAAGAUGAGACAGAAUCUGAGAGAGUAUUUGAAAGAACAAGGCGAGGAAGAAAAGUGAAAAGAAAUCCGAGUUUUGAAUAUGAAAAUGAUUCACCCUGUUCACAAGAGGAAGAUCUUGAGCAGGAGACUCAGGGAGCUUCAACCGAGUUUGAGAUCUACAUGGACAGAGAAGAAGAGCACGAACAAGGAAUGGGCGAUACAUCAGUUCAACCACAGGAUCUGGGAACUCCAUGUGACAGGCAGGACAGAGUCCCGUGUGACGUCGAGGACAGAGUCCCGUGUGACAAAGAAGACAACAGCAAGAUGAUAGCUAGGUAUGCCUUAUACGACGUGGAGAAUAGCGAAAUGGUUGGGAUCAAAUCAGUCAACCCCAAAAUGUGUGAAAUGUGUAACAAAGAGUUUCAAUAUGAGUUCCAUAAGAAGUUCCACAUGCAGAAGGUCCAUCCAGAGACUUUGGAAAAGGAUAAGAGGAAGAAUGGGAGAGAGGAGGAGUCGAGAAACAAAGGAACAAAAGGGAAGUUCAAUCCUCGAGCUCGGUACAGCAAGACCUGUUUCAUCUGCAGGAACAAGAUCUACACCCAUCCUUAUUACUUGAAUCUCCACAUGCAAGAAGUGCACCCAGAAUGGCUCAUUGACAAUAAGAUGAUUCAAAAUCUUACUGCAGUUGAUGAGGCAGAUUCCACUCAGGCUGGAAACAAGAAAAAAGUAUGCCCAGUUUGUUAUGAGGGUUUUCGCUUUGCCUAUCAACUCAAAUAUCACAUUCAGAAGGCACAUGCCGAGAUUUUGGUAGAAGACAAAAGGGUGGACACGAGCAAGCUUCCGUCCAGGGAAGAAUCGGAGAUAGCUGUUGAUGAUCAGGCGUCAAGGUUCGUGAAACCAGUGGUGUCUACAAACCCACUUGGGGGAAUAAAACUAACAUACACUGUUCAGGAUAUUCUUAACAUUAAGAGGAAUAUGGAGAAAGAGACUGCAGCCAAGGAAGCAAAGGAGGCACAGAGACUGGCAAAAUGUCUGGAACCCAAGAAGAGGCUUGGACGGCCUCCUAAGGCUUCUGGUAGCAGAGGUCCUGGAAGACCAAGGAAAGUGUCACAGGAAGUGAAGUCUGUCCCGGAGGCUCGCAGUGAUACAGUGUACAGUAGUGAAGAAAACAUACAGGAGAUGAAAGCACCUGCCAGUGAAGAUGUUUGCAUGCACAUCAAGGAAGAACCGCCUGAAAAAGAUGAUGGUGAUGAUGAUCAAAUGUCAGUCAAUGUCAGGAUUGAUGAAGACAGUCAAACUGGAAACAAUGUUACCUCUGAUAAAUAUUUAUCUAUUUGCAAAACUGAUUUUGAAAAAGAAACCAAUCUUGAGACUCUGCCUGCAGAUGCACAGUAUGGUAUUUAUGCACGCUCUCCGAGUCUCACACUAAAGACUGAUGGUGGGGGUGGUAGAGAAAUGGGUUUGUCAGAGGCAGGGUGUCCUCAGGUUAAGUUCAGAUUAUGUGAAGAGCAGGCCAAUUCAGCAGGAAACACCCCCCUGGAAUUUAGGUCAGAUGUUGAUGAUUCUACUUCAUCUGGAGUCACAAUAUCAGAUCAUUAUGUAUCAGAGGCUAAGCAGGAAUGUAAGAAAGAGGAAACCGAGUGUGUGCCUGCUCACACUCACAACACCAGACCAAAACGGAAGCGGAAGAAAAGAGAGCUGAAGGAUAUGUUGCCACUAACACCAGUGAAGAGGAGAAAAUGGAAAACUAAAACGGACCCUACAUCAACUCAGGAAGAGAAGAAGUCCAAAUCAGACAAAAGGUCAGCUAAGAAUUCAAAGGGAACAAUACCAGUAGGAUCUGCCCACAUCUACUGUGGGCAGUGUGGCAGGAUCUUUGUAAGCCCACAGACGUUCCAACAACACGAGGCACUGUGCCUGACAUUAGACGCACCUGUUCCCCACGCAGGGUACUACCCAUGCUACAAGUGUCAGAGUGUGUUCCAGCACGUAGCCGCCCAGCAGCUGCACAUGCUGCGAGACCACCCCGACAUCAGCCACACCUGUCCCUUCUGUGGGAAAGUGUUCGCCUAUCAGAGUGUCAUGAAGAAACACUUGUACACUCACACCAAUGAAGCUGUGAAGAAGGCCAUCUCUGCCCUGAAGGAGGACCCGUCUAACAAAGCAACUGCCGCAGGACAAGGAUCAAAACUAGUUGAUCUUAUUUCCAACCUUGGCGUGGAAGGUGACACGGAGUCCGACAGCCUUGAGAAUAAGACUGGUGGAUUAGAAGUGUCUGUUCCUCUGAACAAUCUGAAGAAAGGAUUGGCUAUCUUGAAGUCCUUACCAGAGGUUCUGGGUCCUUCGGGAUCCACAAAGGAUGAAACCCUUCCUCCUUCGCAAUUGACUGUAACAAGUGAGGUGAGGAUUGCAAGUCCUAGGCGUAUCAACAUGCAGGAGUCUUGCACUGAUAUUUCAAAGUCGGUGAUUACACCAGUGUCUGAAGCAUCGGAUGGUGCCUUCCGUGCCUUAAAGCAUGCUCUGGGACACAACCAGAGAUCAAAGUCCCCAUCAACCAUCACACCCUCAUCAAGUGUUACACCAUCCUCUUCUGUCACACUCUCUUCUGUCACACCCUCAUCAGCUGUCACACCAUCAACCAUCACACCCUCCUCAAGUGCCACACACUCUUCUCCUGUCACGCCUUCAUCAGCUCCACCUACAACAUCUACAUCUCCACCAGCAAAGACAUACUUCUGUAAGAAGUGCAAUGGCAUCUUCCCAAGUCUUCCUCUACUGUACAAACACGAGAUGGAGAGUCACCUCGACUUUAUCUGCCGUUACUGCUCCAAAGGCUUCGUUUAUGAAAAUAUGCUAAGAAAGCAUCUGGCAGUCCACCGAGACACGGACAAGCACGUCUGCAUGUGGUGUGGGAGGAGAUUCAGCUACAUCACAGGACUGAAGAACCACACCUUGACUCACAACGGCAACCAGGAGAGUCACAAGCUCGUGUGCAAUAAGUGUGGGAAGUGUUGGUAUGACACCGACGGAUACUUACCCCAGGCCUCAAAACAGCUCAUCGGGGACCACUUGCAGGAGUGCUUUCAAACCGUCAACAUUGACGACCUUCUAAAGACCUAUGCAACAUUUGGUGCUAAGAACAAGUUGCAGAGGUGUUUAGAAUGUGAUAAAAGUUACGACCUGAAUAAUGAACAUUCCAGGAAUGUGAAGAUGGCGCAUGUGUUUCGAUGUAAAGUCUGUCAUUUUGAGUUCCAGAAGUUAUUAGAUCUGAAGAACCAUGUCUUUGAACAUCAUCGUGAAGCUAGGGAAUAUUUUAAGGACUAUAAGGUGGAUCAAAUAUUCAACUGCGGAUUAUGUUCAGAACAUUUUUCAUAUUUGUUCGAGUUUAUGUGCCACAUGGCUGACCAUAAGAAAGACAAUUUAGAAGAAAGAAAUGUCUAACAUAGGCAUUAGACACCUGCUGAUCUGACCCGUGAAGAUCCGGGGUAGAAUAGGUCUUCAGCAACCCAUUCUUGCCGCAAAAGGCGACAAUGCUUGUCGUAAGAGGCGACUGAUGGGAUCAGGUAAUCAGGCUUGCUG